GCUCAGAAAAAAGAAAAAAAAAAGGAGUACGCGAGAGAGCUCAAUCACAGGGGACCCGUUCUGCUGCACACCACCAGCUCGCGCGCGUGCUCUGAAUGGCGAACGCUAGUUACCUCGGCCUCCUCCUCCUUUUCUUCCGGCUUGUCGCCGUGCCUUGGGGCGCGGCGGGGUACGAAGUGGCGUCGGUCACGCGGUCGGGGACGCUGCUGUCGGCGCGGCUGGAGCUCGCCGGCGGGACGGCGGCACCGUCGUCGCUCGGGCCCGACGUCCGGAGUCUCCUCCUCACUGCCAGCCUCGAGACGGACAGCUGGCUUCACGUCCGCAUCACGGAUGCCAAUCAUCCCCGAUGGGAGGUGCCCCAAGACGUCAUCCCUCGCCCUACACCGGAGGACGUCCUUCUCCAGCUCCGGGGGAGGUCCGCCUUGCCGCGUACUAGCCGUCGCGUCCUCUCUACCGCGGGUUCUGACAUCGACUUCACCAUCUACGCCUCCCCGUUUCGCUUCAUGGUUUCCCGCCGCUCCACCGGCGACGUGCUGUUCGACACUUCCUCGAACCUCAUCUUCAAGGACCGGUACUUAGAGCUGACGUCGGCGCUGCCAGAAGGGCGGGCAUCCCUGUACGGGUUGGGGGAGCACACGAAGCGCACGUUUCGGCUGCUGCACAACGAAACUUUCACUCUCUGGAACUCGGACAUCCAGGCGGGGAACGCCAACGUGAACCUCUACGGCUCGCACCCGUUUUACAUGGACGUGAGGUUGCCGCCGCUUGGUGCCGGAUCCGGCGUGGAUGCGACGCACGGCGUGCUCCUCCUCAACAGCAACGGCAUGGACGUCCUGUACGGCGGGUCAUACAUCACCUACAAAAUCAUCGGCGGUGUACUCGAUUACUACUUCUUCGCCGGGCCUUCCCCGCUGGACGUCGUCGACCAAUACACCCAGCUCAUUGGCCGCCCUGUCCCCAUGCCCUACUGGUCAUUCGGGUUCCACCAGUGUCGGUUUGGGUACAAGAACGUGGCUGACUUGGAGGGUGUGGUCGACGGCUAUGCCAAGGCCAGGAUCCCACUGGAGGUGAUGUGGACAGACAUCGAUUACAUGGACAAGUUCAAAGACUUCACAUUGGAUCCGGUCAACUUCCCGGCCAGCCGACUCCGGCCUUUCGUCGACCGGCUUCACCGGAACGGCCUCAAAUACGUCCUCAUCCUAGAGCCCGGGAUUAGUGUCAACACGACAUAUGGAACGUUCAUCCGCGGGAUGCAGCAUGACAUCUUCCUGAAGCGUAACGGCAGGGAGUACCUUGGCAAGGUGUGGCCUGGCGAGGCGUAUUUCCUGGACUUCAUGAACCCACGCGCCGCCGAGUUCUGGGCGCAUGAGAUCGCCCUCUUCCGGCGAACCGUCCCGAUCGACGGGCUGUGGCUAGACAUGAACGAGAUCUCCAACUUCAUCACUCCGACGCCGCUCAACGCUCUGGACGACCCGCCCUACCGCAUCAACAACAACGGCGAGCGCCGUCCCAUCAACAACAAGACGGUGCCAGCAUCCGCGAUGCACCACGGCGGCGUGUCCGAGUACGACGCGCACAACCUCUUCGGCCUCCUCCAGUCUCGCGCCACUCACCGCGCCUUGAUCGCUGACACAGGCCGCCGGCCCUUCGUGCUCAGCCGCUCCACGUUCGUCGGGUCCGGCCGGUACGCCGCGCACUGGACCGGUGACAACCUCGCGACGUGGGACGACCUCCGCUACUCCAUCAACACCAUGCUCAGCUUCGGCCUCUUCGGGGUCCCCAUGGUCGGCGCCGAUAUCUGCGGCUUCGGCGGCGAACCUACGGAGGAGCUCUGCAGCCGGUGGAUUCAGCUCGGUGCUCUGUACCCAUUCUCCAGGCAACACUCUGCGAUCAGUAAAGUCCCGCGGGAGCUCUACCUCCGGGAGUCAUUGGCGCGGUCGGCGAGAAAGGCGCUCGGGCUGCGGUACAGGCUGCUCCCCUACAUCUACACCCUCAUGUACGAGGCGCAUACGUCUGGGGCGCCCAUUGCCCGCCCGCUCUUAUUCUCCUACCCACACGACAUCGAGACCUACGACAUUGACAAGCAGUUCCUGCUCGGCCGCGGCGUGCUCGUCUCGCCGGUGCUCGAGCCGGGAGCGACCGCCGUCGACGCCUACUUCCCUGCUGGCCGGUGGUUCAGCCUCUACGAUUAUUCCCUCGCCGUCGCCGCCAUGGGGCCCGGGAGGCGUGUGAUGCUCCCGGCGCCCUCGGACACGGUGAACGUGCACGUGGCCGGCGGGAACAUCCUGCCGCUGCAGCAGAGCUUGCUGACAACAGCGUGCGCGCGUCGGAGCGUGUUCCACCUCCUGGUCGCGCUCGCGGAUGACGGCACGGCCAACGGGGACCUGUUCCUGGACGAUGGCGAGUCGCCGGAGAUGGGCGAGAGGGGAAGCGAAUUCAGCCUCAUAAAGUUCAGCUGCUCGACGGGGAGCAACGGCGUGAUAAGAGUGAGGUCGCGUGUGGUGCACAACUCGUACGCACCGAGCCGGACGCUGGUCAUCGGCAAGGUGGUGCUCAUGGGGCUCCCGUCGCUGGCGCCGCAAGAGAAGCUCGCCGUCUAUGUCAACGGAACAGUGGUGAAUGGGAACCCCACGCGGUACCUGAACAGAGGAGGGCUCGGCGUCGCGCACGUCCGCGGGCUGUCGCUGGUCGUCGGAGAGGAGUUCGAGCUUAAGGUGGCCACUUCCCCAUUAGUCUACUACUAGUAGAUAGGGGCUGCUACUUCUAAGUCGUCUUAAGUAAAAUAUGGAGUGCUCCGUAUUUUCUAAGUCUACCGGAUUAGUAUGUUGAAUUCGACACGCAAAAAAGAAAAAAGAAAUUCGAAUAUGUCGCUUUUCAAUUUAUGUUGGUCUUUAAGUGGAGUUCCUUGUACCCGAAAGUUGAACUUUGAUACGCUUGAGCUGCAGAUCGAAGAAAAAGAACGGGGCACCAUUGAGGGCCGCGUACCCUCCUCCAUGGCCAGCCGUCGCGGCCUGCGGCGGGGACGGCGUGAGGGGUGUCGACGGUGAGGAGAGGGAGGACCGGUACCCCCACCUUCGCUGCUCCUCCUCCCUCCCUGUCCUUCUGUCCUUCCGCUAUGGACACAUCCGAUCCCGUGGCGGCACCGCCUGACGACGACGAACCGAGGGGCAGAGCGUUGCGCAAGGGGAGGAGGGAGAAGGGAAAAGUCGCAGGGCAGAGGGAGGCAGGCGGUGGCGCAAGGAAGGAGGGCGGAGGAGCACGGCGGCACGGGCGAAUGCUUGGAUCGAUCAGAAUUCAGAACUGCCUGCGAUCUCUCGAGCAGGCUUACAUGGGUAUCGGCGUAUCGCAAAAAACAAUUGGCCCAUACCGGCCCAAGGAUGAAGCUUGAUGAGAGUUGAGGGAACCAAGAGAAUUGGGUUAGACACCCCCCUGCUGGUUUUACUUAUGCUGAUUACGAUCUUUUGGCUCUGUGAGCUUGGUUGCGACAGCAAGUGGUCGCCUGUAGUCCCUUUACUGUUUGCAGCUUUUCUGAACCUCUAGUUUAGGCAUUGGGUGCGUUCUUGUACGCGGUGCGCGGCAAGUGUGGCAAGUGUGUAAAAACUAAACGACGUGUGUGGCCGUGUGGGUGAACUACAGUUCCGUUAUCUCACGAUAGUGAUGGAAAAAAAAACACGCCCUCAAGCAUGCGUAUGUGUUGACGUAUUA